AUGGACGUGUGGGGCCCAGCCCGCGUCCGUGGUCAGGGUCAGGAGAGGUACUUCCUGAUUGUUGUUGACGACUUCUCGCGCUACACCACGGUCUUCCCCUUGCGCACCAAGGGUGACGUCCCUGAUGUCUUGAUCCCUUGGAUCCGCAGAUCUCGUCUCCAGCUCAGUGAGCGUUUCCGCUCCGACUUCCCUGUCCUGCGUCUGCACUCUGACAGAGGUGGGGAGUUUUCCUCUGGCCUCUUGGAGGCCUUCUGUCAGCAGGAGGGCAUUGAGCAGUCGUUCACGCUUCCGGCCUCUCCACAGCAGAAUGGGGUUGCUGAGCGCCGCAUUGGCUUGGUCAUGGAGGUCGCUCGUACCUCCUUGGUUCAUGCGGCUGCCCCCCACUUUCUGUGGCCGUUUGCAGUCCGAUACGCUGCACAUCAGCUCAACCUCUGGCCCCGUGUCUCCUUACCGGAGACUUCUCCGACACUGCGUUGGACGGGAGAGGCUGGCGAUGCGUCGCGUUUUCGGGUCUGGGGAUCUCGAGCUUUUGUUCGCGAUACGUCCGCGGACAAGCUCUCCCGUCGAGCUGUCCCCUGUGUCUUCCUUGGCUUUGUCCCGGACGCGCCUGGUUGGCAGUUCUACCACGCCACCUCGCGUCGUGUCCUGGCCUCUCAGGACGUCACUUUUGACGAGUCCGUCCCCUACUACCGCCUCUUCCCCUACCGCACUGCUCCACUCCCCCCCCCGCCUCUCUUCCUCGCUCCAGGUGCUGAGGUACCAGACCCCCUCCCCCCUCAGGGUGCCGCUCCCUCAGGUGUGUCCCAGGUAGACCCGGGUGAGCCUGUCGAGGUAGCUGUUGACUCUCGUCCUGCUGGGGGUGCUGAGCCUGGGGGUGCGGAGCCUGAGGGUGCGGAGCCUGGGGGUGCGGAGUCUGGAGGUGCUGAGCCUGGGGGUGCUGCGUCUGGAGGUGCUGCGUCUGGGGGUGCUGAGCUUGGGGGUGCUGAGCCUGACCGUGCUGAGUCUGGGGGUGCUGAGCCUGGGGGUGCGGAGCCUGGGGGUGCGGAGCCUGGAGGUGCGGAGUCUGGGGGUGCUGAGCCUGGGGGUGCUGCGUCUGGGGGUGCUGUGUCUGGAGGUGCUGAGCCUGAGCGUGCUACACCUGGAGGAGCCCUCUCCUCCCAGCAGCUGCAGGAGAGGUACCUACAGUACUGCCGCCUCCGGAGAGGUGCUGCUGGAGCUCGUACCAGUACUUCCCCUCCUACCCAGGAGCUCCCCCCCAUUCAGCAGAUCCGAGAGUGGUACGCGCGGCGCUGCAGUCUUCGGAGUGGUGCUCCUGGUGCUGCAGACCCUGGGGGUGGCGCUGCUACUGGUGCUGAGGACCCGGGCGUUGGGGCUGCUGCUGGUGCUGAGGACCCGGGCGUUGGCGCUGCUGCUGGUGCUGAGGACCCGAGCGGUGGCGCUGCUGCUGGUGCUGAGGACCCGGGCGUUGGAGCUGCUGCUGGUGCUGCGGACCCGAGCGGUGGUGCUGCUGUUGGUGCUGAGGACCCGAGCGUUGGAGCUACUACUGGAGCUGAGGACCCAGACGGUGGAGCUGCUGCUGGUGCUGAGGACCCGAGCGGUGGAGCUGCUGCUGGUGCUGAGGACCCGGACGUUGGAGCUGCUGCUGGUACUGCGGACCCUGCCGCUGGUGUCUCUGCUGGUUCUGGAGACGCUGCGCGGCCGCGACCGUACUUCGUACCACUUCUUCAGCAGGUUCUUGGUCAGGCUCCUCCUCCUUGUCCUCCUCCCUCCGUAGCGUGUCCUCCGCCUGUCCAGUCGCAGUCACAGUUACCGCCUGCCUCGCCUCUCCCUGGUCCCUCUCCUUACACUGGUCCCAUAGGAGGUCUUACAGAGCGUCGUGAGCCUGCGUCUCGUCCUGCGUCGCCUGUUCGUACUGCUCGCACUGGUCGUCGUGUCCCACGUGAGCGUCCUCCUCCUGUCCCUGGCACUCACUACAUGACUCUGCGUCCCUCCACUGCUCCUCAGCGUGUUCCGCUGCCGUCUCCUCCUGCGUCCUCUCUACCUACUCUUCCUGAUCCGGAGUCUGACUCCCGUCGUGCUGCCAGUCCCACUGUCACCCGUCUCCUCGCUACUGUUGUCACUGACCCCACCUUUGAACUACGCCACUAG